CAAGGAGCAUUUGCUCCCACUCUCGUCAUCUUGACACCAUCUCGAUCACGCUGUCGAGGGCCGCACUCUAUCGAGACACUUUGACAGCGGAUGAUGAUGUAAGGGACAGCUAUGACGCCAUAAACCUCUUUCUGUGGCAUAAAGGCUGCUGAAUGCCACACAAAGCGUCGUCGGGUGCAAGCCAAAGCACCCAUUGACACGCCUUAUUCUUCUCCGUAUCAUCCGUGCAGUGCCCCAUUACGGAUUACCAACUCAAAGGACAUACUAUAGCAAGACGAGUCUACAGCACGAAACAAUGCCCGAAGGUCAUCAGUCCCCACCGCCGGAGCGCCAGUCUGGCCGCCAGCUACACGAUCCGCCCGCCAGUGGCCAGGGCACAGACAGCGCCAAGAACAAGGACAAGACGCUGAAGUCGGAACUCGAGAAUCUUAGCUCAAACCCGGAGGGACCGAUGGAUAGCUCCCUAAAGGACAAGUUCUCCAAAAAGGAGGGCAAUUAGACCGCGCCUAUCGGCAAACCGCCACAUGAAAUUGUCUUGAUCACUCCAUGCAUCGUCGAUCUCCCGGGUUAGGAAUGAACUAGUAGUGAAUAAACGCAUAGAAUUAAUACACUCCGCAUUACGAUGUGCUCC